UGUUGGCUGACUUGGGUAAAACAGACGAUACUUAGGCCUGUCAAAUAUAUCUGUGGGGAUUAUUGUUAUUUUUUGCACUGAUGCGUAUGUUCCAGAAAUCCUGACUUAAUUUUGAAAGAGAAAUACUGGCAUAUUAGCAAAGUCUUCAUAUUUCUUACUAGUGUUUAGUUUGGAUAAUCCUACGUUUCAGAAUUGGAUUUUAUAGUCUUACUGCUAUGUAUUUGAUGUAGUGCCAGGAGAUUUUACACCGUAUCACAAAUACAAAAGCAAAAUGAAUUCCAAGCCACGAAGGUUUAUCAUUUAAAUAAUGAUGCUAACAGACAGAAGGCUGAGGUGAAAAAGAUUGUAUGUGCCAGUUUUAUUUCUACUUGGCUUGGUGUGUUGAGCCUCAAGGUGAUCUUCAUAAUGAGGUUGUUUUGAAGUUCAAAGCCUCAGCUGGUUUAAAUCAGUGAAACAUAAGAUCUCAGAAACAAAUGGGCCUGUUCAUGUCCCCUGCUUCCCCUUCACCCUCCAGCUGAAAAACUCGAAUGCAGAUCAACCAGUUUCACUCAAAAUAUUAAAAUGUCUGUAAGCAGCCAGUGAAUAUGGAAUGACAAGCCCCAAAAGAGUUUAGCAAAGCUUGCUUCUGGAGAAGCCGAUUUGUCAGGAGGCUCAAACAGACCUGUAACUGGGAAAGCUGCUUUCUGUGGCUCUUACCUUGCUCUCUUAAUUGGGAAAAGUGACUGUUCCUUGUGCUCUUUCUUUCUUGUGUGUGCAUUGCUGCCUCAGCUUGUGAUAUGCUCCUGUUUUGCAGGGAGCUUUAGUAAACAGUGGACAAAUAGACUGAUUGAAUCUUUUUCAAGCAGAAUCAAUCCUGGGAGCACAGGUGCCUGAGUUUUGAUGGGAAAGUUUUUUGUAUGUUCUUGUGUUUAUCUCCAUUUCAAAACUGUGACAUCAAAAUACAGUACUAGGAAAAGGGACUCAUGCUUGGUUUCUGCUUUUCACAGAAACUGGCUCUAAGGCCAAACAUCUACUAUUGCUCAGGAGAGAGAAAAUAAUAGCCCAGAGCAGGUAGUGACAAUAUGAUGCUGGCUAUGGUGCUGUAGAACUUUGUCAGUGCUAAAGAUGAAUUCCUGACCUUACAUCUAAGAUACAACUCUGGCUAAGUCUGGGUUAGGUGACUGCAGAAGAGGAUUUAACCCAGCAUAUUCUGUAUGUAGGAGUGUGUUUGUUGAGAUUUGUUGAGAUUCUGGAAUCCUCCUCGGCUUUGAAAAAACUAGAACAGCUGCCUUGGGGCCCCUGGGCUUGCGCUCGCUGGGUGUCAAACGGGUGGGACUGAGGGGUCCUCUCCAUGACCCAUUUGAGGAAGGAGCUCUGGUUCUGUACGAGCCCCCAGUGCUGAGUGCCCAUGACCAGCUGAAAAUGGACAAGGACAAGGCACCUGUCCAUGUUGUGGUGGAUCCUGUCCUCAGCCGUGUUUUACGACCCCAUCAGAGAGAAGGGGUGAAAUUCCUCUGGGACUGUGUGACGAGCCGGCGGAUCCCUGGGAGCCAUGGCUGUAUCAUGGCAGACGAAAUGGGGCUGGGCAAAACUCUCCAGUGCAUCACGCUCAUGUGGACGCUUCUCCGGCAAAGCCCGGACUGCAAGCCUGAAAUCGAGAAAGCCGUGGUGGUGUCUCCCUCCAGCCUGGUGAGAAACUGGUACAAUGAAGUAGAGAAAUGGCUGGGGGGAAGGAUCCAGCCACUGGCCAUUGAUGGAGGCUCCAAAGAAGAGAUUGACCGUAAACUAGUUGGCUUUAUGAACCAGCGUGGCCUGCGAGUGCCUUCACCCAUCCUGAUUAUCUCCUAUGAGACCUUCCGACUGCACGCCGAGGUGCUGCAGAGGGGCAGUGUUGGGCUGGUCAUAUGCGAUGAGGGCCAUAGACUGAAGAACUCUGAAAAUCAAACUUACCAGGCUCUCAACAGCUUAAACACACCUCGACGAGUCCUUAUCUCAGGCACCCCUAUUCAGAAUGACCUGCUGGAGUAUUUCAGCCUGGUGCACUUUGUCAAUUCAGGCAUCCUGGGAACUGCACAGGAGUUUAAAAGACAUUUUGAAAUGCCCAUCUUGAAAGGAAGAGAUGCAGAUGCAAGUGAAGCUGAGCGACACAAGGGGGAAGAGAGGCUUAAAGAGCUGAUCAGUAUUGUGAACAGGUGUUUAAUUCGGAGAACUUCAGACAUCCUGUCCAAAUACCUGCCAGUGAAGAUUGAACAGGUGGUCUGCUGCAGACUGACACCUCUGCAGGCUGAGCUGUACAAGAACUUCCUGAAGCAAGCCAAGCCAGUGGAGGAGCUGAAGGAGGGCAAAAUCAGUGUGUCAUCUCUCUCUUCCAUCACAUCUUUGAAGAAGCUCUGUAAUCAUCCUGCUCUUAUCUAUGAUAAGUGUGUGGAAGAGGAAGAAGGAUUUAUGGGAGCUCUGGGCUUGUUCCCUUCUGGCUACAGCACCAAAUCUGUGGAGCCCCAGCUUUCAGGAAAGAUGCUGGUUUUGGAUUACAUCCUUGCUGUUACCAAAAGCACCAGUAACGACAAGGUGGUUUUAGUGUCCAACUACACUCAAACACUGGAUCUGUUCGAAAAGCUCUGCAGGAACAGAAGGUAUUUGUAUGUCCGGCUGGACGGCACCAUGUCCAUUAAAAAGAGAGCAAAGAUCGUGGAGCGAUUCAACAGCCCCUCAAGCCCUGAGUUCAUCUUCAUGUUAAGCAGCAAAGCCGGUGGCUGUGGUUUGAACCUGAUCGGAGCCAACAGACUGGUGAUGUUCGACCCCGACUGGAACCCAGCCAACGAUGAACAGGCCAUGGCUCGCGUGUGGCGGGACGGCCAGAAGAAGCUGUGCUACAUCUACCGACUGCUCUCGACAGGGACCAUAGAGGAGAAGAUCUUCCAGCGCCAGACCCACAAGAAAGCCCUGAGCAGCUGCGUGGUGGAUGAAGAGCAGGAUGUAGAAAGGCAUUUCUCACUUGGGGAGCUGAAGGAGCUCUUCACAUUGAAUGAGACCACCACCAGUGACACCCAUGACAAGAUCAAGUGUCGCCGCUGUGUGAACGGGCGCCAGGUGCGGGCCCCUCCCGACGGCUCCGACUGCACCUCGGACCUGUCCCAGUGGCACCACUGCGCAGACAAGAGGGGGCUGCAGGACUCUGUGCUGAAGGCUGCAUGGGAUGCUGCUGUCACCUUCACUUUCUAUCAUCACUCCCAUGAGGAGCAGCGAGGGAUUCCCUAACAGGUUACUGUCCCCUGUGGGGGCAAGGGCAGGCUCUGUGGCAGCCUGCCCCACUUUGAUUCCUUUCAAGGAAAGGGGGCAGUGGGUAGCUGUGCAUGCUGGACUGUUGUUGGCUGUGGGAUAGCAGAAAAGCGUGGCUCUGGAGUGGCUGGAAGGCCCUUGGCAGUGUUCAGUCUGCUGCAGCAGCAAGGAAUCCAUGGCUUUUUCUCUGCUGUUGUAUUGUGUGCCUAAAAAACAGCCCCUUGGGAACUUGGAAUAAUGGACCUUGCAUGCUUGAUGAGAUUUAACACUGGUUCUCUUGCCUUUGGUGUCUGUGCCUUUUAUUCAUCCAGGUUUUUUCUUCAGGAGUUUUAUAGCACUUGCUGUGCAGUCAGGCUUUUUUAUUUUUUGACAGCUCUGGCUUACAGCUGCUGAUCAAAACUUGCAGGAUCCAUUUUUGCUGUGAAAUGUGAACUGUGCUGAUUACUUGGGAACAAGAGGAUUUUGUACAGGGGGAAAAAAAUUUUAGCUCAUGUUGAGUAUCUGGCCUGAAAGAUCAUGCAAGCAGUAGGUAAUCAGGCUCUAUUCCAGUAACUCCAUUUCUAAAACCACUUGCUUUGUUAUGGGCAGGAUCCCCUGAUCUAGCAGUGUUUUAAUGAGAUCCCAUUACAUGACAGUAAUAAAAUUCACUUUGGUACAUUA